CAUACCAAACGACUCCCUCUGACGUCACGACGCCCCUCCUCUUUCUGUAAAGUGAAUAGCUGAACCCGCGCACUCACUCACUCACACCAUCUGCAAAUAACGGUACUGGUCUCAUUCAUCACGUUACAGUACAGGACCUCGAUCAAAUAUGUGAGGCCAGUAAUAUCAUGUCUGGAAAAAGCUGAUAGCAGAAUUGGAGCUCUGUAGGAAUAAACACCAUGGCAGCCCAUCGCAUUCGAGCAGCCAAUCACACUGUGCUCCCUCGUUGCAAAUCAGAGGGGGCGCUUAUCGAUCUGAGCGAGGGGGUGUCAGAGGCCACUCUCACAGUGCCCACUCCUAGUGCAUUACGACUUGAUGGCAUUGCUGCAUUUGGCUCUGUCAGGGAAGUCAUUGCCAUUAAGGAUUACUGUCCGUCCAGCUUCACCACUCUGAAGUUCUCAAAGGGAGACUGUCUUUAUGUUAUAGACACAUCUGGUGGAGAAUGGUGGUAUGCACACAACAGUAAAGAAAUGGGCUACAUCCCAGCUGCAUACGUCCAACCAAUCAACUGUCGAGAUUCGUCAUUCAGUGAUAGUGGAAUGAUUGACAGCUUGGGAGAUAUUUCAGAGGAGGUGAAAGAAAUAAACCCCUCUGGGGAGUGGACGGAUCUCCCGACAACAGAAUCUCGUAAAGGUAAUUCGUUUGUUAACAAACGUGCAUCAACUAACCCUUUUCUAAACGACACAGCUGACCAGAACAGUAACCAGAAUUCAGCAAAUCCUUUGAGUUUAAAUAAUAUCUCAAACAACAGCAGCACUAUGAACGUUAAUGGAUUCGGAAGCGGGCUUUUUGACACAAACAUUUUCCGCCUUGGCUCAGAAAUUGGCCCAAAUCUUCGCCGAGACGACUCAUUUUUAAAGAGCAAGCGUUGCUUUAGCAUGUCAGAACUAUCCAUCCUCCAGUCCCAGUCUGAUGAAUCUCAAGCAUCUUUGAGUUUCUUCGGUGGAAUGAAAUCACCAAAACCCGAGCAUUAUCAAAGCAGAGAGGAUUUUAAAACAGCAUGGUUAAACCACCGUAAACUGACACGGUCCUGCCAUGAUCUGGAUUCCAUUGGACAGAGCCCAGGCUGGGGGCAGACCCAGCCUAUAGAAACCAACAUUAUAUGUAAACUGGACAGUUCUGGCGGUGCCAUACAGCUACCGAACACCAGCAUUAGCAUACAUGUUCCUGAGGGCCACGUUGCGUCAGGCGAUACUCAAGAGAUAUCUCUGAAGGCCUUGCUGGACCCACCCUUAGAGCUGAGUAAUGAUAAAUGUACUACUGUUAGUCCAGUGGUGGAAGUAAAACUAAGUAAUAUGGAAACCAAGACUCCUGUCACUCUGGAGAUGAAGGUGUCCGUUGUGGUGAAGAUUGAGAGCCGUAAAGUGGCAGAGGUGGUGUGCGUGAGAAGCGAUUGCAAGGAAGGGCCUUACAUCCCGAUUCCACAUGCAUACAUGUAUGGAGAUACAGUCCAAGUCACUCUGGACAAUUUGGAGCCUUGCAUGUAUGUUUCUGUGGUUGCCCAAGCUCAAGUUCUGGCUCCAUACAACACAGUGUGGGAACACGUUGUAAAAAAGGUCACUAUUGGGGUAUAUGGGCCAAAACACAUCCACCCGUCCUUCAAGACGGUGGUCGCCAUUUUUGGCCAUGACUGUGCCCCGAAAACACUGCUAGUGAGUGAUGUAAAAAAGCAUUCUCAGUCCACUCCACCUGUCCUCCUCCAGCUCUGGGGAAAGCACCAAUUUGUCCUCGCAAAAUUUCAAGAUCUUCAUGUUGGCGUUUAUUCCAACAUGUCCAACUUCGAAGUGAAAAGCACUGAACAGGCAAGAUGUGUGAGAGGCUUUCAGAUAAAACUUGGCAAAGUGGCCCGUCUUGUCUACAUGAUCGCUGCCCGUGAUUCUGGUGAAAUCUCUGACUUUACUUUGCGAAUUCAGGUCAAGGAUGAUAAGGAUUGUAUCCUUGGCCAGUUUUGUGUUCAGACGCCACCCCCUCCACCAAAGUCAACAUCAGGGAGCUCUGUACAAAGGCGUUUCCUGAAGAAAAAGGAAGUGAGCAAAAUUGUAUUGUCUCCUCUUGCGGCGACUUGCAAGUACCCUGUGUUUCAGGACAGGCUUGUCAAAAACCUAAAAUUUGCUAAGUUGCUGAAAACUGUUAUAAGACAAUCUAAAAGCCAGUAUUUGCUAGAGUAUCUUAAAGGAGAUGUGGUAGUUCUUUUGAGUGAGGAAAGAAUAAAACUUAAAGGUCAAUUAUGGACCAAGGAUUGGCACUUCGGCUACUAUCACGGAAGAAUCGGGUUGGUGCAUGCAAAAAACAUUCUUACCAUGGGAAAAGUGAAACCUGUACAGUACAAAGAGCCUGAACUUACGACUGCAGUUCUUUUAGAGCAGAUCGUGAAGCCCUGCAUGUGUCUGACUUACAUCUACGCUUCAGUGCGGACCAUGCUGAUGGAAAAUGUAGCGAGUUGGAGAGCCUUUGCUGAUGCCCUGGGCUACGUCAAUUUGCCUCUGACACAUUUCUGCCGAACAGAGCCAGACAGCGAACCUGAGAAAGUUGCUUGCGUUCUUGAGAAGCUCAAGGAAGACUGCAAUGCAAAAGAGUGCAAAGAGAGGAAGUCUUUCCAGAAGGAACUCAUGAAGGAUUCAUAUUCAGGUUUGUCUGGUUGGCACCUGCACUUACACUAUGUCAACAGAACAUGGAGUUAACACCUAUUAGACAACCGGAAUCUAAAGAGGAUGCUUACUAAGGAAAUAUCAUGUUGCAUUUAAGCUACUUGUUUUAAAAAUACAAACUAUAGAGCUGUGUCUAAAAUGUAAGUAUAGGUAAAUAUGUAAGUAUAGGUUGUUUGCAAUUACAUGGUUUUAAUGACAAGCAAAGUGAUUUCUCAAUAGGAAUUCACUAUCACAAAGUACCUAUGUUUUAUGAACUGAACAACGGCCAGGUAAGCCCAAAUUUCUGUCAAACCUUACUUGUAAUAAACAGUAGCUUCCAUUAAAAUAACAAGCCAUUAUUAAAUGGAUAAAGUGAAAAAUCUUGCGUACCAAAAGAACAACCACAGAAAACCAAGAUAAACAGAUUUGUUUAUCACUGAUAUCAAACAUAAACAUGAUGAACAUGAAAAGUUUUAUGUUCUCGGUUUGUCGCUGCCUUGAGCCACAUUAUGUGGUUUCUUUGUAAUUAACUUCUAGAACAAGUUUAACGUGAGACUAUUCUAAUCCCUGGAACAAGUGCUUGUUCUUUUAACAGCAGCUAGUGUUUAUUACAGUUAAGUUUAAAAAGAAAUUGUUUUUACGUGGUUCUUAUUUUGCGACGUCAAGCCAUUUCAUUACAACUGACUUUUAUGGGGGAGAAACGCUAAACUCGAGAUUUAGCACUUUAUCCAUUUUUAAGUGAUAUGUGCCUGUUCACAAUCACACCAAGUAUUAACAUCUCUAUGGGUUGAUCGAAUUAAAAGUUUCACUCAAGCAAUAUUUCAAAGUACUUUAUGUGCGGACAUCAAAUUUAUAGCAUAAAUGCUUCUAUCCAUCCUUUCCAACAGUGAAAAACCACCUACAUAUAAUCACCUAUGAUUUUAAAUACUAAAUAGAUUAUCUUAAAUAGAUGUUUAUAGCAGAUGUAAACAUCCUUCAAGAGUUUUAAUAACAUAAUUGAUCAGCAUACCUUGAUAACAUACUGGAUGUAAAGUAGGGAAGGGUCUUCGAAGGUCAUCUGUUUUCAUCUCAAACGUGACAAUAGACCUUUGCUUGAAGAUGCCGGAAGACCGGUGGAGAUUCAUAGUCGUGCAGAUGUUUCCUUUCUUAUUGUUACGGUCUAAACAGAUGAAUCAAAUACGGAAUAAGAACCGCUCUAAAUUGCCAAACCCUCCACACCUACACGUCCCCUGCCAAGAGAUUUCAAACAGAGAUCAAUCUGUAAUUCUCAGCGCGUUUUAUUUAGAAUUUUUAUACAGAACAUGCGUUUGCAUUGGUAAUGAGUAAAUGUUUUAUUUUUCCGUCUGGGCUUUAGUAAUAAGUUAAACCUUUCUCAUUAAAUGUAAAUGCUUGGUUUUUAGAUAAACUACUGCUAAUUUCACACCUUUUAGAAACUGUCAAAUAUAUACAGUAAGUGAUUAAGAUAGUUUUGUGAUAGUCAAACAUCUACACAGACAGUCUGGAGGACGGAGAUUUUGUUUGCAGUUCUGUCACUAAAGGGCUUAAUAAGUUCCUGACUGGUGUGACGGGGACACAGGUGAGACAGCCCAGGAAACAGGUGCAGAUGAAAGGCCUUAUCUCACUUCUACUAAUGUACACAAUCUGUGUGUACACAGUGUGGGACAUUCACACACAGUCAGCUUUUCUGCAAGAUCGCACUGUACUGUAAGAUUUCAUACACUGGACCUCAAUGCGUGAAUGUGUGUCCAUAAUUAAACACAGAAUGCUUGCACAAACCAACUUCAUACCUUGAAUGUUUACCCUCAUGAGAACUAGCAAUAAUACAAACCUUGGACUCAUUUUUCAGUUUGGGGCUGGUCAUUUUUCAUGUCUUCUGGGGCAUCAGUCCUGUGUUCCUCCCCCUCUGAGCAGAUUUCCUGUCAUUCCAAGCAUUCCAAGGCACGGAACUGGAUCAGAGAUUAGCGAGUUUGGGCCAUGUAACAUUUGCUUUUGAGCACUUGCCGCUGUUGGGUGUGUUUUUAAAUGUUUAAAGAAAAUGCAGUUUUUACUUAUCACACUUAAAGCAACAAACAUGUAAAUGGGUUAAUGUUUCAUAGUUUUGAGAAAUAUGGGUAGAUCAAUAAAGGUUGUAUAUUGAGUGGCAGUUAAGCGAUUAUAGGUCUAUAUUCUGUUUCUGAAUGUCACGUAGACUCUCUUGGACAAAGAAAGGUCACGUAAAUGAGACAGAACACUUGCCAACAGAACAGCCGGAUAUUCCCCCCUAACAUUUUCCCUAAUUCAAGAGUCUCAGAGUUGCUCUCAUUAUAUUGUGCUAGAAGCAUGCACGUCGUUUCCUCGCUAUCAGCACAUUCAUCAAAGCACUUGGUCCUGGAUCUCUGAGGCCAUCUUUAGCCACCACCGAGCUGAUCCCCAACCAAUUUUGUAGUUAUCUAGCCACUUAGAAAAGAAAACAACAAAAAAGAAAUUCUGAAGGCAGACCUCAACAAGAGUGCGACUUUUUAUAUUUGAUUUUUUUUUUUAAUGAAAUUAUGUCGUCUAGUUUCUGUCAGCUGAUUUCAUACAUUUGAAUUUGUGGGUAAACAGCAUUUGUUCUAUAAGAUGUAUUGAUGGAUUCAACUUUAAGUUUGUGACUGCAUGAGUAGCAUAAAGCAAAACAUUGAAGAGGCCCAGACAUCAAUCUCUGACUUUUUCUCUCCUUAUAUGCUGCUUUAGUUAAGACCUUCUCAUUACAAACUGUCUGGGUAUUUGUAUUUGAUGAUAAACAGAUGGUUUGAAUGUAUCUGUCAUUCAGGCACUU